AUGCUGACUGAGGCUAAUGAUAGUGGGAUCCUGACAGUGAGAGAGAGCAAGAUACCACCUCGCGGACGAACGCCUUUCCUCAACUCAGGACCAAACCCAUGUGCUUCUCUGCACCCUGAACGCGUCCGUCUCAUGGCCACUGCCGCUGUCGCCGCUGCGAACCCGAAGCUUCGCUUCUUCCACCACCCCUCUGCGGCCGAGGUCUCCCGUCACCUACUCAAGUUCCCCGGCCCAUCCCAUCCACGGCACCGCAACAUUCCGGCUUGUCAGUACAUAUGGCGCGGACUUCCGUUGGCUCAUUCCCACCGCAAUAGAGUACCAAUCCCCAUCAUAACCCCAGACCAGAGGAUACGAAACGUAUCUGUACACCAAUACGCCCCAGAGCGAGGAUAUCACCGAGCAUUGGCCCCUCAGGCCGUCCCGUCCUCGGCGCCUCGUUCGGAGAGCAGAGCGGAUGCUACACUAGCUCCCUACAAAUACCUACCUGGCCGCGCUAAAGACGGGGCGAGCAGAUCCGAUCCUGUCAAAGCUGGGGACGUACUGCGCGUAAUCUGA